AAAGUGACUUUUUAAGCUCCCUAACCCACCCUUCCCUCGUUCCCACCUCCCACACCCAGCCGGCCACUGCCUGGAUCCCUCCUUCCUCUGUAUUUCGAUCCUCGACAUUUCCCAACCGAAAUCCUCUCCUUUUUGCCUCGCUCCCAGACCGUCAGAGUCCAGACGCCGUCCGCUUCCGCCAUCGUCUCUCUUCCCCUGGUGGACUCAUCUCGUGAGUCGUGUCUCCUUUCUUCUCUGCAAACUGCAAAAAUCUUAGUCUCCUUCUCCUCGUGUCUACGCCGUUGGUGGUCUGUCAUGAAUCGUGUAGAACAAGAAACCUUUGAUUUCAAAUAUUCGAUCGAUUGUUGCUCUUCGUUGAGGCUUGAUUGAACCCAAAUUAAAUUGGAGUACCUGCCUGAACCUCCCCUAUAAGUUGAGGGGUCAAAUCGGCCUUUUAGCUGAAAGAAGUGAAAACGAAGAUAUGGCAAUAAUACGACAGAGAGUGGUGGCUGCACUGCCGAAGCUGAUACAAAGCCUGCGAAAGCCCGCAAUAGAGAGAAGGAGUGCAUUGCCAUCGCUGAGACGUGCUUUCUCUCUCUACGAUCAGAUCAAUCUCAUUGACAAUGCUCCUCAGGACCAACUCCGCUUUCAAGGGUAUACUGACACGGGAUUCACAGUAAAUGGGGUCGAGUAUGAAGGUAGCUUGCUUUGCGUUGGCAACUUGCUUCUAUCUUGGUCUCCCAACCACAUAUCUCAGAUUACUCCUGAAAGCUUAUCCAUCUUCCGCAUUUUGCACCCAAUACCAGAGAUUUUGAUUCUUGGAUAUGGAAGCCAGAUUCAACAAGUAGAUCCAGAACUCAGAUGCUUCAUUCGGUCUACUGGCAUGAAAUUAGAAGCCAUUGACUCGAGGAAUGCUGCAUCAACUUACAACAUAUUGAACGAAGAGGGGAGAAUUGUGGUUGCUGCGCUUCUCCCAUAUGGAGUUUCUUCAUGAUGUCUAAUGUCUGGGAUGCUUUGCAGCUGCAGCCUUCUCCUAUGGACCUUGUUGAUCACAUAAAUGCAUUUCACCUUAAUGUCACUGGGAUUUUGUUAAAAGUGUUAUCCCCUUCAUAUCUUGUAGCAAUAGACUUACAAGAUCCGUGACUUAGAUGCAUUUGACAGAGCUGUUUGGAUGUGCAUCCUUUGCAUUUCUGCGUAUAAUUGUUUAUUAUUAGCAAGGCAUGCACAAAAUAAAUAACUGUUGUGACAUUUUAUUUUAUUUAUUUUGUGGUUUUGUUUAAUAGCCGCCCUUUAUUAGUUUCUAACAACAUUUGUUACCAAAUAAUGUAAUUCUUUCUGUUGCUGUUGGAUUGAGUCUCAA